CUCCUUCCUACCCAAGGACAAACCUCAACAACCAUCACCAUGUGUGGCAGCUACUACGGAAAUUACUAUGGCGGCCGUGGCUAUGGGUGCUGUGGCUAUGGAGGCCUGGGCUGUGGCUACGGAGGCCUGGGCUGUGGCUAUGGCUCCUGCUGUGGCUACGGAGGUCUGGGCUAUGGCUACGGAGGCCUUGGCUGUGGCUAUGGCUCCUGCUGUGGCUUCCGCAGACUGGGCUGUGGCUAUGGCUAUGGCUCCCGCUCCCUCUGUGGCUGUGGCUAUGGAUGCGGCUCUGGCUAUGGCUCUGGCUUUGGCUGCUGCUACUGAGGACACCAUGGGAGACUCAUCGUCUAUCCUGUGACAUCGGGAUUCACCAAUUCUGAACCCCACAUGCUCUGAGCUCAGGAUUGGAUGAAGAUUCUCUUAUAUUAAAAGUUUCUGAUGUUAUUUUUCUGAAGACCUGCCCCCCAACACCUGCCCCCCAACACCACUACCCUCUGGAUCUAAUAUUUUCAACUUCCUUUUUUGAAUGUAAUGUUCAAAAAUUAAAAUAAUGUAAAAUUUG